AGUUGUAAAAAAUAUGUGGGAAAGCCUUGGAAUGUCUCUCUCUCUCCUGACAAACGAUCAUAUUGCACAGUCACCCUCCGAAAUCUUAUAAAUUAUAUACGUAUAGACUGUAUACAUGCUAGGCACAAUAUCCGUGCUGUAUUGAUUGGUGUCUACCCAUGGAUUACAGGACUGUCUUUAACAGCUACAGUCAAACAGAUCUUGUCAUAUAAACUUUCCUUCUUUGGGUUGGUUAGAAAACUUUUUGUUGGAACUUUAUGCUGAUCAAAUCAAAUGUCACGUGGUAUUAUGUUGGGAUUUUCUUGUAAGACAGUAUUUAGUCUUUGCUGAAUAUAACCACAUGCCUUGACUAAAACUUUGUAUUGUCUUAAAUGCCACAAGGCAAUAUAGAAAAAAAGAUCUAUUUAAAUGUUCAGCUAGUGGUAGUUUGUGGAAAUCGCUAUAGACCUGGCUUUUAAUAUCGAAUAGCUGUAUGUUUUGGAGAUCCGUACAGAACCUCUGUAAUGUUUUAAGAGGGAAUUAAGUGAAUGUCAAAUGGAGUGUUAAAAAAUGGAGAGGACUGGGUAACACUACCGCAGGACGAGUGAAACGCGAAGCUUUACGUCUUGUACGGAACAAAUAACUCUGGCUGUUACUUUCAUUAGAUGAAAGGAAAUUAUUUAACAAGUGUAUUCAUCAGGUUUAUUUAUCUUACAGUAGUGCAAAUGUGUAUUUAUGAGAACAUAAUGUGAUAUUGGAAAAAGCGACUUUAAUAUUUGCUCAGAGUUGUUGACACAGUUGAAAUUAUAUGUCAAAAAAUUGUGUUGGAAUAGAAAAUUCUCCUAUAGUGAUCUGAAAUGGAGAUUUAUUGGUCCUCCCAAAAGUCAGUGUAGAUUUGUUCAUUCCUUGAGGUUCAUGUUUGUUUGUUUUCAUGUAUUUGUUGAUAAAGGUUGGCCCAAUUACUGGUUAUAAUACAAGUGUAUUUCGGUGAGCUGUAAAUUUUGUUUAGCCUGUGGACGGAAAGAAAAACGUACGUUUUGGUAGAUCAGGAUCUUUUGACGUGUUGAGGAAUUUAGCAGGAGGGUACAGAUCGAGACACUUUCCCGCUACCUGUCGACAUGUGAAUAAUGUUACAUUUGGAAAUAAGAGGCUCCAAUCCUCGGCCAAAUGUGCCGUCGCGCAUUGGAUAUAUGGUGACUGAACGGUCUCUGAGUGUCACCCCCACCCCGAGACAACACCGUCUCCUGCCAGUAACUCCAGGACGGGGCAUUCCGCAGGGGUCCCUACAUGAUCCAUUCACUGCCGUGGAGACACAGCCUCCCACCAUCCCCACCGAGUUCUUGGACACCGUCACAGAAGCCCUCACAAGUUAUCAUGGUACACCGUCCAGUAGUGGUCGAUCAACACCGACUUUAACCGAGGCUCAGAGUGGACACCCGGUGCAGGUGGGAGAAUGGGGGAUAGGGAACACGACAGAGAGAAGCAGUACUGGCUCCACCUCCACUGGCUACUCAUGGGAUGAAUUUGACAAGCAGGCUGCCAAGAAAGUUCAGCAUUUGUUUGAGGAGAUUGACUCGGUUUUGUUUGAGCAGAGUAGAGGGGCGCCACCCUAUAUUCACAAGGAGUGCCAGGAAUGGGGAACACAGUUUCCACAUCUCAGAAUACUGGGAAAUCAACUGAUGAGUCCCAGGGACCAAGGGUUCCAGCUGAUCGAACGAGAGGGGUCGCGACCUAUGACAGGCAGUCUAGGAUUGAUGGAUGUGACCGACAUUGAAAUUGCAGCUACUCAAGAUAUUCAGGGAUUAUCAUUAUCAGGGAAAAGUCUUCGAGCCAGGAAGCCUCCGGUAGAAGCUCGCUCCAACAGACAGGGUGUGGAUGCUCCCAUCACUGAGUUCACUCACUUAGAGGAGGAAAUCUUUGAGCAGGAGGGAGAAUAUGAAGAAGUCAUAGCAAUCGAAUACAAAGAUUUAUAUGAGGAAAGUUCCAAUGAUAAAAAGCAAUUAACACCCAGAAGGAGACGAGUGGGGUACCCACCUAUAACCCCCAAUGCCAGCAUCAAAGACAGUGUGAUCAGCUCAGCGUUUGAUAAUAUAUGGCAGGAGAUUGUUUCAUGGAUACAGCCACUCACAAGAAAAUACACAGUUAUGGUUCUUGAUGAAAGAAAACCCAUCCGAGUGCCAAUAUUGGACCAGAUCCGUCCUGAUCAUCUGUUACCUCCGUCCAGGGAAACUUCCUUCAACUUCCUCAACAACAAGAUACAGAGGUCGAACACCACAAUAGGAGUGACUACUGGUGCUCGUUUAGAAAAUGUUCUUCACAUAUCUACAAAGAAGUUACAGAGUCGAGAAACCACAUCACUACAUGACUCUGAUCCAAUGAUUAACACAGCCCGCCCUGCCUCGAGUGUCAACCCCUCUCUGAAAACCCCAAAUCGUCCCUACAGUGUCAAACUGACUCAGCAGAGAGGAACACGAAGUGGGCUGAUCCGACUCGCCCCCAUUGACAGAUCAAAAACUCCCAAUGUGCUUAUCAGAGAGACAAAACACAGAGAGGAUGAAAAACCAGGACCAAGUGGUGCACUAAAAGUGACCCGUCUGACCCCCCAGAGUGAACGUCUCUCCUCCCCUCCCACUCAGCAUCAAAGAAAUGGGACCCUGCCCCCGCUAGGCGUAGAUCAAGAUGGAAUAGCCAGUCCUAGUCAGAGUCGAGCACAGAAAAAAGUGUAUAGUGCAAAUCGUGCAAGUAGUGCUGUAGAUAAAGAUAUCCGAAGCUUUAAAGAUAGAUACACAAUGCCGUCUGAUACCCGUCCAAGCACAACUCACGCCAUGCGGUCUGACACACCCCUAGGAGGGAACACCUCACGCAGAGCUUCCACGCCUUUUGGAGGAUUCAAUCCAGUGCCCCAGAGGAAUGCCCAAAUGAUAGGGGCCUCCAUGCUGGGAAUAACAGGAAGUGGACUACAACCUUCAUCAGAUUUGGGUCACCUGACCAAUUACCCACCGGACAUCAUGGAGGAUGCGGAGGUCAAUUUGGACUACCACAACCAGUGGACCCCCUCCCCUCCCAGUCAUCAUAAUCCAUACAGCAGACGUUAUCGAAAUAGUUCUAUGGUGAGAUCAUAACCACAGGACAACUAAACUCCUGCCCAUGCAAGUGCCAAAUCUAAUCCAAACCGUGGAGUCUGAGAGAACGCCCUCCCUUGCAAUGAAUUCCCACGUCCAUCUGCGGACGCCGCCAUGUCGUGCUCUGAAGGUGCACAGCCAGUGAGGCGAGGCUGAGAAGCGACAGGACACACUGACAUUGUAAUUUUCUUACAGUUUCUUGACUUGUGAUGGUAGUGUCUUGUAAUCAAAUAUGGUGCAGAAUCUCAUACCCCGAAACUAUCAAGCAUCAAAAAUCCCAAGAGGAACUGAUUUGAAAGGGAAAUAACUCAUUCAUUAGCUCCAUGUGAUCUCCUAUGUUUAUAAUGUUUACUGUGAUAAGUAUGUAUCUGUGUGUGGCUGACUGCGAGGAAUGUCUGUAAAUAUGUACACUUCCUGUGCGUUGCUUUUCGAUAUUCUUAAAUCAGGCAGCUAAGGCUCUGAUCUGGAACUUCAUGAAAACAAGUUUCUACCUCCCUCCAAAAAAAGUUCUAAGCAUACUUGUGUUAGAAAUCUGAGAAUUUUAAAAGUUUCCUGUGAUUUAUAUUAUGUUGACCAGGUCUGUUCUCAUUCUCCUAUUUAUUGGGGAAGUCUUGAAUUCCACAAAUAUUAAUGUUAUGUUCAUCUGUGAAUGCUUCAGGCACAGCCUGUCAACCCAACUAAAUGGCAUUUAUUUUAAUAUAUGUAUUGUGUUUUUGCCAAAAUAUGAAUGGGUGGACAAUUGUAGUUAUGCUUUUCAUCUCAGUUUGUGAUAGUUCAUUCCCAAGGCCAUGGUCUACUUUGUUCUGUCUAAAGCAUGAUAGUGUAAUAGAGCAUGUUAAGAAAAAACACCUUGAUUUUAAUAUUAGCGUUUGUGUUGCGGAGUCCGGUACUGGAGGGUGGUGUGAAUGUAAAGUGGUACGAGUGGGAUGUCAUGGUGUCUGUAUAAAAAUGUUUUACUCCAUGGAUUGGUAAUACUGUACAUGCUGUCAUGGAAACACAUCAUAAACAUUGUAAAUGUCAACUCAGGGUUUCUGUAAAUAGUUAAAUGCAAUCAUAUGUAGAUUGUACACUCGAACCUCUCUGAAUGUAUCUGAUGUGACCAAAUGGAAGAGACAUCUGUUUUUCUGCUGUUUGCUGCAUGUAACUCAAUUUUUGGUCUGGUCCGCCAUGUCUCCUCUGAUUUUUUGCGCAGUCCAUUAUUGUAUGCAUGUGUAGCAGAGAUGACAAUUGAAUUCAGAAAAGUUGUAUACAAGAUAUGAGAGUAUACCAUAUAUUUUGAGUAAAUUUGACGUGCUGGAAAUGUUGCAUUUAUUUGGCAGAUGAAGAAAAUCUGCCAACAUUUCUAGCACCCAAAUUUCUAUUCAUAUAAAUGAUACACUUUUUAACUGAAAUUUCACCACCAAACAGCACUAAGAUUUCAAGCUCCUUUUAAAUGAAAAAUCUACUAAAUAUUUCCUAUGCCAACAUCACUAAAUAUAUGGUAGAUUGCAUUUUGUUUUUAGCACAAUCAUUUAGGACCCAAAAUAUUAGAACAGAAUGUAUCUGAUUAGAAUUCAAAAAGUUUGUGAAAUGAACCAUUAUAAAAAUAUGAUGAAUUAAAUCAUAUUUCCAUACAUAUCAAGUACAUGUACUAACUAGAACAUGCAAUUAAUAUUCUGACAUUCAAUUCCUACAUUGAUCUUUAAACAGAUAGGUAUUGUAGCAGUGUGAAUGGUAUUGAUGAUUGUGAGGAAAAUACAUGUUGUUUAAUUGUUGUUUGUAUGUGCUAUUUUUUUUUUCAUGAAACAUGUGAAUGCCAACAUAUUAACUGUAGCUAUGUGCAAUAUGUGAUCUGCUACCAAUAGCUGUAAAUAAAUAGGUCUAUACUGAAA